CCACCAUCUCCGAUUCCACCCAUUAUACCGCUUCCUCCAAUGUCAAUUCCUACUCAUCUUCAGCUGGAAUUAGCCCAGCAACGCCCCAGCCCUCUCUAUAUUCACCAAUCCUACACAAACGACGUUCCAUACGAGUCCCACGCCGUCAAGUUUGAGCGUCUCAAGAAUGUCCUGUUGAUCCCCCCAUUCCUGGAGCGCACGCUCUACUUUGGUGCGCUUGCCUGUCUGGACGCCUGGCUGCACACAUUCACUAUCCUUCCCAUCAGGUUCACCAUGGCCCUCGCUGUGCUAGUGCGGUGGUGGAUCUACGUCAUCUUCAAGGAGGUCAAGUGGCUGGUUGGCUUCGUCUGGUACGGCCUCGGCCGGCUGUGGAGACGAGCGCGAGCGGUUCGGGGCCGCAGGAUUAGUGACGCCUCCGACAGCGGCCGAUCGCGUAGCUGUAGCAGGGCUAGCGAGGUCUCUGUCGACGGCAUGUCGCCCGGCAUACGGCAGCGCCCGAACGGUGUCCGGGCAGACUCGCGCGUCCGCAGCGGCGACACUCCCACGCCCAAGACGACGUCGCUUCCGGCACGGCGUCCGGGGCCCAAGUCCGGCUCGUUCCGCCAUCGACGGACAAAGUCGAUGCCGUCCAACCUCUCGUCGUUCCACAAGGCCGAUCUCCUGCAGGGCGCCGUCAUCAUAUGCAGCUCGCUCGUGCUGAUGAAGCUCGACGCCAGCAGGAUGUACCAUCUUAUCCGAGCACAGUCGGCCAUUAAGCUGUACGUCGUCUACAACAUCUUGGAGGUCGGAGACAAGCUGCUGUCGGCCCUGGGCCAGGACAUUCUCGAGUGUCUGUUCAGCUCCGAGACGCUGUCGCGCAAUUCGUCAGGCCGCUCCAAGGUUCUCUUGCCCCUGGGAAUGUUUGUUCUCGCCCUAAUAUACUGCGUCCUCCACUCCAUCGCCUUGUACUAUCAAGUCAUCACCCUCAACGUCGCCGUCAACUCCUACUCCAACGCCCUUCUCACUCUCCUCUUAUCCAAUCAGUUUGUCGAAAUCAAAAGCACCGUCUUCAAGCGUUUCGAAAAGGACAGCCUGUUCCAGCUGACCUGCGCCGACAUUGUAGAGCGCUUCCAGCUCUGGAUCAUGCUCCUCAUCAUCGGCAUGCGCAACAUUGUCGAGGUCGGCGGCCUGUCCGUGCCGGGAGCCGGUAUGAACGACGCUCCCACCAACGCAGCGCCUGUCCAUUCGCCUAGUAUCCUCCCUCAUAGCUUCACCGUCUUGCCGUCCUGGGUCAUGUCGGGAGAGGUCCUGUCGCCGUUUCUCAUUGUCGUGGGCAGCGAGAUGCUGGUAGAUAGCAUCAAGCAUGCGUACGUGACAAAGUUUAACAACAUGAAGCCCAAGUUUUACAGCAGGAUCCUCGACAUCUUGUGCAAGGACUACUACACCAAUGCCUUUACAGCUCCCUCCCUCACCAGGCGUCUCGGCCUCGCCGUCAUCCCCCUAUCCUGCCUCUUCAUUCGCGCCUCCAUCCAGACAUACCACAUGCUCCUAUCCGCCCACAUCCCCAUGCCUCUCCCCAUAUCCACACAGACCUCCCUCACAAAGGCCUCCGCAACGCCCUCUUCGCCCGCUAUGAUCGCCGCUCUCAACCGCUUCGACUCCCUCAUUCGCGACUCCCUCGGUCGCGCCACAUACGGCUACCCCUACGACCACCCCCUCAACUCACGCCCCUGGUACAAAUGGACCUCUGACGACGCCAUUGCCGCCAUCACAAUGGUCGUCGUCUUCUUCAUCAUCUUCCUCGUCCUCCUUAUCCUCAAGCUCCUUUUAGGCAUGAUCCUUCUCAAGUACGCGCGCAAUCGCUACGCAAAAAUGAAGCACAAGGAAGCCCUUGUCGCCGCAGGCAAAGCCGAAAUAGACAACUACAAGGCCAACGGUGUGCGCGUCGGCGGCUUUGGGGAGGUCGAAGUCACGGAGGACAAGAGGCGCUGGAUCAACGCCGAUUCCGCCGAGGGCUUGAAGAAGAAGAAGAAGGAUGAUAAAAAGCCUACUGCUGCUGAGGGAGAUUACAAUGGCGUGUUUCGAUACGAUAUGGUGGAAAAGAGGAUUUGGUAA